UGACGACGUAGUACACCGAUGGCGGCCCUCAUCAUCACGGUUCCGGAUUUGCUGGAAAGCUACUUUGACGGCAUCCACGGACUUUCUGUGUGUUUUCUGAAUGGCCUCAAAUGAUCAAAUCUAAUAGGUUACAAAAACAAGUGCUCUGGACAGAGCUUACUGUAGUUGUCAAUUGAAAUAGAAACUUAAGAUUGUUAUUAUCCGAGACCUUUACUUCGGACACAGCAAUACCGCUUUGCUACAGGUUAUUUGAAAACGCUAAGUAUGUCUACUUGACAAAACGUACUAAAUGCUCGUCUUUCUGGUCUUGGGUUUUAUUUAGAUUCAUGUCUACUCGGUGUAGUGUGAGAACUCCAAGGUGAAGACAGGUCGACCUAGGGACUGUUAGCCGUCAACCCAAACAGUCGACAUACGAGUGUUGUGGAGGGAAGUGGCUAGCUUUUAGCUGGCUACUAUUGUAGCUAGCUGAAGCUGGCGGCUCAGUUUGCUCGUUUGGACUUGGACCACAGACCUGGACCUCCAAGUGUGUGGACCAAUUUUGGAUUAUUCCUUCGCUGGCUUACUGCAUCAGCAUUGGGUGUCAUCAUGCUGAAAACUCGUCAGUGUUUACUUGGGAUUAGGACUUUUCUUGGAGUGGCGUCUAGAAUAUGGGGUUUCAUUUUGUAUAUUCUCAGGAAGCACUUACGAACGAUCAUUCAGUAUCAAACGGUGCGCUACGACAUAUUACCUCUCUCACCUGUCUCCAGAAACAGACUGAAUGCUGUCAAGCGUAAAAUUCUGGUGCUGGACCUGGAUGAGACGCUGAUCCACUCGCACCAUGACGGGGUGCCGAGGCCCAACAACGUGCGGCCCGGCACACCACCAGACUUCAUCCUCAGGGUGGUAAUAGACAGACAUCCAGUGCGGUUUUUUGUGCAUAAAAGACCACACGUGGACUUCUUUUUAGAAGUGGUAAGCCAGUGGUAUGAGUUAGUGGUGUUCACGGCCAGUAUGGAGGUAUACGGCUCAGCAGUGGCUGACAAACUGGAUAACAAUAAGGGCAUUCUGAGGCGGAGAUACUACAGACAGCACUGCACUUUUUUCCAGCACUGCAAUGUGGAUCUUGGUAGCUAUAUCAAAGACCUGUCGGUCGUGCACAGUGACCUUUCCAGUAUAGUGAUACUGGAUAACUCCCCCGGGGCGUAUCGAAGUCAUCCAGACAAUGCAAUACCAAUAAAAUCGUGGUUCAGUGAUCCUAGUGACACUGCACUUUUAAAUCUGUUGCCAAUGUUGGAUGCACUGAGGUUUACGUCAGAUGUCCGAUCCGUCCUCAGUCGAAACCUCCACCAGCAUCGACUAUGGUGAUUUCGUCCACUGGGGCCAGCGUAGUGCCCCCCUAUUUUCUCUCUCUCUUUCUCUCUCUCUCUCUCUCUCUCUCUCUCUCUGAGCCUCGGCGUAAGUCUUGUGAAACGCCUCUUGCUGCCGUCUGUUAGCCGGUCAGGCCCUCCAUCCACUACCACCGGAGUCGUCAGCCCUUAGCGACUGCAGCACGUUCGCUAAAGAGCAAAAAGAAGUGCAAGGAGUAUGUGGCAGAUGGCGGAUAAUGACUAUAGAGACACUCAUGGACUCUUUUAUCUCUUACGGCCGAGGCACCAGGCUACCGUAAAUGUUUUGUUUGUGUUUUUUUUCUUUUUCUAUCAUCCAAAAUGGAAAACUUUGCCUUACAGUCCUGGGAUUCUGUGUGUGCAUGUUUGAUUAUGUGUGGGAGAGUGCUUUAUGUUUUCUGCAUUUUUUUAGUGUAUUUUCUUUCCUUUUUUAAAACAAACAAAAAAGAAAUUCUCGAGAAACAGCAGCUACUCCGUCUUUCUUUUUGUCACUGUCAGGGGUUUCCUGUUCAGCACUUACAGUACCUGUAUAUACAAGCUUAGAUCUUUUUUAAAGCUUCUUCAAAGAUUGGCUUGAGUGUAGAGGUUUCUCACCACCUUUCUCAGUUUUCGUUCUUCCCUCUCUUCAGUCAGUCGCUGACCGCCAUGCUCAGGUAAAAGUCAUGUCAUUGGUCCUUGUCACCAGAAAGUGACGAUCCGCUUCAGUACAGUAUAUAUUUUUUAAAUAUUGAUUUUCUCUCCCAACCCCCGAAGAGCUAUGGAUGGAAUUUCAAUGUGUUAUUAUUAGCAAUAUCAACUAUUUAUCUUAUGAUAUUGAUUUUUAUUGAGAUCUGAUGGGAGGCAGAAUCUAAGAUAAAUUGUAAUAAUUUGUAAGUGGAGAAAAAUAAAGAAUAUUUUUACUGUUGUAUAGGAUUCUUGUUCCCUACCCAGAAAUCAACCAGAAAAAAAAUAAACAAAUCAAAUACA